AUGCAAGCUGUCGAUCUCAUAGAUGAAGCGAGUACGCCCCUUGUGCAGCCAGGCAUGCAGCGAAGAGCGUCAAUGUUCAAUCCAAACACGCCAGGGUAUUUGACUACUGCCAGACCAACAAGAUUUGGAAUCACAGCAAUUGGAGCGAGUUCAGUUGAUGUCUCGGCAUUCCAGGAAAGAUUGGAGUAUUUGCACGAUAAAAGGGUAAAGAGUUUACUAGGUGAUAUCGGACCUCUGACCGAUUGGAUGAAAUUCUACAAAUCCCCAGACAUCUUGAAAUCGAUUCCGAAAAAAGAUAUCAGAAAAUUUUAUGAGCACCAGAAUGGCCUCAUUGAAAGAUAUGCUGACAUAGACGAGCUUCUUGGGUCCAAGUUACCGAUAUCGCUUCUGAAGUCGUAUGGCUCAGAUCUGGGGAUUGAUGGCAAUCUCCAGGAUCACAGAGCAGGUGUUCCAGCAGACAUAGAGGAACUCAUCGCAGCAGGAGGUGAGUCAGAAAAGGAUAGCAUUGUGAAAUUCACGAUUGUGCUGAUCCUUAUCAUUAAUGUUGGUCUUCUGGGAGGUAAAGGUCUGGUGGUUUACUUGACGUUUUCCAUGUCUUUGAUUGCAUCUCUGGUGGAUUCCGUUUUAGACCUACUCUCUUCGGCAAUCAUUUACUAUGCCAACAGCUUCUCUACAAAGGGAAAAUCAGCGUUUUUCCCUGUGGGAACGGCAAGGUUAGAGCCAUUGGGGAUUUUGAUUUUCAGUAUCAUUAUGGUCACCUCUUUCCUACAGGUGGCUCAGGACUCUUUGAAAUUGUUGAUCUUUGACAAGAAGCACGAAGUUGUGCAAAUUACGUUUCCCACGCUAGCCAUAAUGAUUCUCACGAUCGCUAUCAAACUAAUUUGCUAUUAUGCGUGCAUUUCCGUGAAUAACUCAUCCAUCCAGGCUUUGGCCGAGGACUCCAAGACGGACAUCGUCUUCAACACAUUCUCCAUCAUAUUUCCUUUGAUUGGUCAUUGGUUAGAGCUGUGGUGGUUGGACCCACUUGGUGCUCUGAUGUUGUGUAUCUUCGUAGUAUUUCAAUGGUCAGCCGUGGCUUUUGAGCAUAUCAGCAACUUGACAGGUUCAGCUGCAAGCACAGAGCAGAGACAGCAAAUUCUGUACUGCUGUAUGAGAUUUGCAACGUCGAUCCAGAAAAUAACAGCGCUACAAACAUAUCAUGUGGGAGACAACAUCAAUGUUGAAGUGGACCUGGUGAUGAACCUAGAUUUGAAUAUGAGGGAUUGCCAUGACAUAGGGGAAACCUUACAGUACGCUAUCGAAACCUUGCCUGGCGUUGAAAGAUGUUUUGUGCACAUUGAUUACCGUGAGGGCAAUUUCCAGGGCCACUUAACGUGA